CUCUCUGACUUCUCUGCUGAGAGUAUACUCAACCAAGUCAUAUGUCUCAGUACUGUAUACGGUGACGGGGUUUCUGAUGUAACAGAAAUGAAGUAUGUCGACAAACCGCCUCAGAAGUCAGUCUAAUAUUGAACUCUUUUUUGGGGGGGGGGAAAUGAUGGACAACCAGACUCAACUUUCGUCGACAAGGAGACACAGCGCGACAUAUAGUCUCCCUGUUUAAUUUGUUGCAACAGAGUUUACGACCUUUUUUUUUCGGGACUGGUUUCGGGGAAGAUUUCGUCACUUUGACAAGAAAACUCCACUCGCUUGAACUCUUGGGUCGUGGGAGCACAUGACUGUGAAAGAGGAGCAGAAGCUUUUCCUCCGACCGAGAGCACCUGACGCCUCUUCUCCUCACCUUCACCCGUCCCUCCACCUUCCAGCCACCGACAUGACCCUCGGGACGAUGUCCGGCUCUGAGAGCUCUUCGGCGGUCAGCUUCUGCUCUUGCUGCGGGGCGAAGAUGGUGCCCUACUUUAACGACGACGCCGUGGUGUCCAAAAAUCAGAUCAACCAGUUCAUCAGUGAGAGUUUCCUCACAGUGAAAGGUGCAGCCCUCUUCCUCCCCAGGGGGAAUAGCCCUACGUCCAACUCUGCACCUCGUAUCAGCCAGCGCAGGAACAAGCAUACAGGCGACCUCCAGAAACAUCUUCAGACCAUGUUUACUGUGCUGCGGCCUGAGGACACCAUCCGACUGGCAGUGCGUCUUGAGAGCGCCUACCCUCAGGUGACCCGCUACAUGGUGGUGGUCUCCACCAAUGGCAGGCAGGAUACAGAGGAGAUCAUCGUGCUCGGCAUAGACUUUGUCUCCUCAGAUAGCUGCUGCACGGUGGGGCUGGUUUUACCUCUGUGGAGCGACACUCUGAUUCACUUGGACGGAGACGGAGGCUUUAGUGUGUCAACGGUGAACAGGGUUCAUGUCUUCAAGCCGGUGUCUGUCCAAGCCAUGUGGUCCGCCCUGCAGUCGCUACACAAAGCUUGCGAGGUGGCUCGCUGCCACAACUAUUACCCAGGGAGCCUGUUCCUGACCUGGGUCAGCUACUACCAGAGCAGAGUCUCUUCCAGCCAGUUUUGUGUCAACGAAUGGAACGCCAUGCAGGAUGUCGAGUCGCACCGUGCCAACUCCCCCAUCCUCUUCACAGACCUGCCUACAGAGAGGGAACGCACAGAGAGGCUGAUCAAGAUCCGCCUGAGAGAAAUCAUGAUGCAGAAAGACCUGGAGAACGUCACCAGCAAGGAGAUCCGAACAGAGCUGGAGAUGCAGAUGGCGUGCAACCUGAGGGAGUUUAAGGAGUUCAUAGACAACGAAAUGAUUGUCAUCCUGGGACAGAUGGACAGUCCUACGGAAAUCUUUGAUCACGUCUUCCUGGGCUCUGAGUGGAACGCCUCCAACCUGGAGGAGCUGCAGAACAGCGGCGUGCGCUACAUCCUGAAUGUGACCAGGGAAAUCGACAACUUUUUCCCGGGAAUGUUUGAAUACCACAACAUCAGAGUUUAUGACGAGGAGGCCACCAAUCUGCUGGAAUACUGGAACGACACGUACAAGUUCAUCACCAAAGCCAAGAAAGCUGGAGCCAAGUGUCUGGUCCACUGUAAGAUGGGUGUGAGCCGCUCUGCCUCCACGGUCAUCGCCUACGCCAUGAAGGAGUACGGCUGGGAUCUGGACACGGCCUUCGACUACGUGAAGGAGAGACGCACCGUCACCAAGCCCAACCCGUCCUUCAUGAAGCAGCUGGAGGAGUAUCAGGGAAUCCUGCUGGCCAGCAAACAGAGGCACAACAAGCUGUGGCGUUCCCACUCUGACAGCGACCUAUCAGAUCGCCCCGACUCCAUGUGCAAGCCUUCAUCUCCCAUGCUGCUCCGCGCCGACUCUCAAAACAACAACACCACCUCCUCCCCCUCCUUGCAUCACUUCCUGGGCGUGGCUGUCCUGCAGGCCCUCGGCGCCGAACCCAACGCCAAGUCCUGCAGCUCCGAUCUGCACGCGCUCUCCAAUGGCGUCAGGGAGUCGCCGCUCCAGGAGGGACCCCAGCAACCUCUCCCCAGGCCCCGAGCAGCCACUGUCAUUCCGGAGGAGAAGCUGGACAGCUGGGCGAGCGUUGCCGUUACCGUGCCAGUGGCUCUGCCGCAUCCCCCGCCUUCACUCCACAUCUUGCCUCCGACCCCUGAGCUCCACCGCCGAGCUCCGCCCACCCUCCUGUCUGAUUCAGAAAAAAGCAAACCGAUCGAGCCGUCCCUCAGCUUCCCGGAGACCCACAGCUCAGAGGAAAUCUCUGCUCUCAUUCGGGGGUCCGGUGACUCUGACGCACUCCAUGAAUCACCGUCAGACUCCAGCGGCGAACAGACCCCGCUCUGCCCGGCCACCGCCCACCCUCUACCUCUCGCUCUGAGCGACGACAACAACAACCCCGGCGAACCGCAAACAAGAAGCACCUCGGAUAGUUCGCCCAAUCACAGCCCUUCUGACGCCUCGUCCAAUCACAGCUCUGAAAGCAUCGACUUCUUCAGUGCCAGGGAGAAGUUUGUGGGUUUGGCUCAGGAACCGGAGCAGCCACAGCAGAGGUCGCCACCGGUGCAGGAGGGGGAUGCAGAGGUCAAAGGUGAAGAGGAGCUGGAGGAUGGGAGCAGUCAGUCCGAGGACAGUUUGGACCAAACCCGUCUCCAUCACCAUGACAACGGGAUAUCAGUGCGCCACAUUGUCAUUGAGAUUGAAGCCAUAUCACACUCAGCCUUUUCUCCUUCAUCCUCAACAUCAUCAUCGUCACUCCCUUCGUCCUCUCUUAGCUCCCAGCCCGUCCAUCAGGACCACCAGGUGGUACCUGAACCCCCACUGCUCCUGCCCAGCUCCUCGCCUCCGUCCUCUCCAUCCUGGUUGCCGAGCGACCGGCAGGCGGGGUCAGUUCGCCGUGCCACCAAGCAGCUGGAGCAGAAGCUGAGGCUGGAGCUGGAGCUGGAGCAGGCGGCGGCCCAGCGUUCGCCGCUGCAUUCGCCCGGCGCCGAGCCGCCUCCAGUCCGGCCGGCAACGAGCUCCCUGACCUCAGAGCUUCCUCCUCUGCUGGGCCCACGGGACCUAGCGGAGCAGACACUCACUCAGGAAGAGAACAUGGCCAAAGAAGCAGAGGAGCCCAACAGCUCUCCUGAUGCGCACAUCAGCCAAGUUACUGCUGACAUCAUGCUGACAUCAUCACUGACCUCCACUGCUGAGUCACAAUCAUCUCUACAUACCUCAGCCCGGUCCUGCAGGCUGGGCCAGCAGCACAGCCAAAGCACACUCCGUCCAGCUGCUUUGAACCUGGACGGAGUGACGGUGGAGGAGACUGAGACAGACGGCUGUCCUCAGGACGGCUGUGGACGGCGGUGUGGACCGGGCUGCGACGCCCAGAACAGACUGACCAGGAGCAGCCAGGAGUUGGAGCGCAUCCAGCGGACACUGCGAGAGCUGCAGGCGUUCCUGCAGGACGGAGUGGGACGGGACGGACGAACGGACACAACGGACACCAAAUCAGGACGUCCCAAAGGUUCUGAGGCAGCGAGACAGCGGCGGAAAGAGAAAGCAGAGAGCAGGGGUCUCGGCACGCCGCCCAGCUGGCAGAGGACCCUGGAGCUGGAGGCCCGCAUGCGGCAGGCGGGCCUCACGCCGCCGUCCCUCAUGAAGAGAUCGGCAUCUCUGGCCAAGCUGGACUGCCUGGAGCUGUCCGCUAACGACCUCUGCGACCUGGACUUGACGCCACCCUCCUCAUCGUCGUCCUGCCAGGACUCGUCCCACCCAGACGACACCUGGAAGAAACAGAAAGUUCUCUCUCUCAAUCCGUUCCCCGUUGACUCACCUUUGCCCCCGUCCCACUCGUCCUCAUCUAGAGACAGCGAGGGGCCGGAGACAGACGGACUCGGCAGCGGCGCGUCUCCGUCCUCUCAGCAGGGGAAGGGACACUCGUCGAGACGCUGCAAAGCGUCCGCAGAGCGAAGACGAGCCGUCGCUCUGCUCUACAACACCAUGUGACCUCCUGGAGCAUGUGUGUGUGAAUGAAGAGUGUGUGUGUGGGGUGUAUGAGGUAGAAAUGAUGCAUGUAAACCACUGGAUGAUUUAACUGGAGCACAGUAAUAUUAUAUGAAUGUGCAAACUAAAACUGAAGUAGUGCAAACUUUGCACUCCGUCAUGUUUGUUUAUGUCUGUUUUUUUUAAACGAGUCCGUUUUCAUUGUGAGACCCUCGCUGCCGGGUCAAAGUUUAUAAAACUGCAACCGGAGCGGCUUUUUUUCACAACAUGCACUUUACCACAUUGGUGAUUUUUGUGUCUUUUAUUUGAAAUCCGUUUCUUACGCUGGGAAAGCUUGUUUUGCACUGUUCUCAGUAGACUUGUCUCUGUGGUUUUGGACUUGUCUUUACUCAGAUUUUUAAUUAAACCAGAACAAAGCUAA